AUCAGACUCGCUUGAUAAGGACUAUGCUAUAAGCAAUAAAGACAAUGUACCGACGCUCUUUGUUAUCAGUCCUCUCGCGAGCCUCCCUGGCCUCCCGCGCCUGUCACAAACCAUACAAUGGCUUCUCUCGCAUAGCCUCCCGAACGCUGUCUCGAACGCUAUCCACUCUACCGAACCUUCCCCUCUUUCGCGCCCUCCAGAACCACGACCAGUCGCGUCUAGCAGUCGUGCACAGCGCGUCCUCUCGCUCCUUCACAUACGGUAACCUCGUCGCCGAUGUACUACGGACGAAAGAGCGACUGCUGCAAUGCGCUGGGCCACAGCUCUCCGGGGAGAGGAUUGCCUUUCUGGUUGAGAACAGCUACGAUUACGUGGUAACCCUCCUCGCCAUCCUCGCCAACGAUGCCAUCGCCCUCCCGCUCUCCCCCGCCUUCCCCGUCGGCGAACUGAAGUACAUUAUGGAUAAUUCGCAGGCGAAGGUUCUUCUGGCGAGUGAGAAGUUUGAGAGCAAGGCGCGUGGUGUUGUCGACGCGGGGCUGGAUCGCGCGCCUGUGGUGGAGGUUAUGGGGAAGAUUUUGGAGGGGGGUCCCGCGCCGAGUAACGUGCAAUUGGAGGAUCUGGUGGGGGGAUCGAAUGGGGGGAUGAUGCUUUAUACAUCGGGGACUACUAAUAGACCGAAAGGCGUGCUAAUCCCCCAGUCGGCGCUCACAGCGCAAGCGUCCUCCCUGCUGGAAGCGUGGAAGUAUACCCCCCACGACAGACUACUCCACCUCCUCCCCCUUCACCAUAUCCACGGAACGGUGAAUGCCAUCGUGACGCCCAUCCUGGCCGGCUCGUCCAUCGAGUUCAUGUUCCCGUUCAACACCGACGCGGUGUGGAAGAGACUUGCCGCGCCUUUCCUGCCGGACUCAGCCGGUACAGACAAGAUCACGUUCCUCACCGCCGUCCCAACAGUAUACAACCGGCUCAUGUCCGCGUUCUCCAGCCUCCCGGAAGAGACGCAAGAAGCAGCGAAGAAAGGCAUUUCCCCAGAGAACCUCCGCUUGAAUAUCUCCGGCUCCGCCGCCCUGCCAACACCCACGAAAAAAGCGUGGCAGGAUCUCAGCAACGGGAACGUGCUCCUCGAGCGGUUUGGAAUGACCGAAGUCGGCAUGGCAAUCAGCUGUGGACUGGACUUUGCGGACCGCGUAGACGGCAGUGUCGGCUGGCCCUUGCCGUCCGUGGAAGCCAGACUCGUCGACGUAGACACCAACGAGGUGAUCCACCCCGGGCAAGAAAUCGACCAGAACGGCCGUCAGCGCGAAGGUGAAAUCCAGCUCCGAGGUCCCACCAUCUUCCGCGAGUACUGGGGCAACGAGAAGGCCACACGGGAAGCAUUCGUUGACGGGGACGACGGCAAGGGAGCGUGGUUCAAGACCGGUGACGUAGCCACGCGUCGCGUCAUCGACAGCGCUGGCAAGGGCACCAGCGGAGACUGGGCCGAGGGACCGAUGUACAUUAUCUCUGGUCGACUCAGCGUGGACAUUAUCAAGACCGGCGGUGAGAAGGUCAGCGCGUUGGAAGUGGAGCGCGAGCUACUUUCACUGCCUCAAAUCACCGAAGCAGCCGUCGUUGGCCUCCCGUCCGAACAGUGGGGCCAGAAAGUCGCUGCUGUCGUCGUCCUCGACGCAGAAAAAGCGGCCAGCUGGGGCCGCAAUGGCAAGCCGUGGGGGGCGCUCGACAUGCGACGAGCUCUUAGAGAUCGUUUGGCUAGCUAUAAGAUGCCUCAGGAGAUGAAGGUCAUUGACGGGGUGAUCCCGCGAAACGCAAUGGGCAAAGUUAAUAAGAAGGCGCUUGUCAAGGAAGUUUUUGGCGCUUAG